AGUAGGGUAUAUAAAUAAAGUGAUUAUCCAUAUGCAGCAUUACACGGGCCUCUCCUAGCAAUAAGUGCACGAGCAAUUCCAGGAGUACUGAUUAAAGAAGCUGAAGGGACUCGACUCGACUCGAGUCUUACAUGAGCGUUAUGUGCCUCGUCUGGAGAUCCAGAUUAGUCGUUUUCAUCAUUCUUCUCGCUGUGUUCUGCGAUGUUUAUGCAUCAGACGCACAACCAAUUGGAAAAGUUUAUCCGCGCGGAAAUCACUGGGCUGUUGGGCACUUAAUGGGCAAGAAGAGCACAGAUGAGCAGGUCAGACCUGAAGAUCCAGAAGGUGGCGAUGAGACCUCUAUGGCGACUCGAGAUCAGGAUCAGCAGCUGGAAAGAUACAACAAACAUCUGCUGCUGCCACUCCUGCGUGUGCUCAUGAGAGGACGGAUGGCACCAGAGAGCAUGCUGGAGGGCACAGAAGAGAUCGAUACUCAUAAACUGCUCCAGCACAUACUGGAAGAGAGACUUCAGUGGGUGGAAGGUCAAGAGAGAGACAGACAAGUCAAAUCGGCUGAGGACGUCUUGAUACAGGCUUUAUUAAUGCAGGAUGACAAUGAAAGCUGAGGACCAACUGGACAAAAGACUGUGGUUGGACGUUCACUUGAUAACUGGCUUGAUCGAAUACAGACCUCUUUAUUCAACAACAUAUAAAUAAGCAUGUUAUAUUUUUGUAUGCCAAUAUCUCUACUAAGUAACACACAUAAACUGAUUGUCAUCAUUCUGUAUAUUUUAUGGUAUUGUUUUAUAAAUGAAUUCAUCUUCUUGAUAACUGACACCAUAGUAACCAUUGUAUUCACUCUUCAGUUGAUUCAUAUUUAAUAAACGUUAACUUGUUGGGCUAUCUGCGGUUUAUAAAAAC